CAAAUAUAAAAAUGCCCAGGAAAGCUAUUCCAAAACCUAAAGCCGUAAAGUGGCUAAGUGAAGAAAUACCAGAUCCGCAGAGUAUAUCAAACUCUUUUUAUCACUACCAGAAGUUUCAGUUUGAAAAUAUAGUAGCUCAAAUCGGAGAUUAUGUUUUGGUGUCCAAUGCUGAUGCUGCAGAACCAGAUACAGAAGAAGGCUGUGAUUCUGCCCAAAUAUUAUCGUUAUACGAAGAUAGAUCAAAUAAUAAAGAUCCAUUUAGAGCUAAAGUCAAAUGGUAUUCGAAACCAAGUGACCUACCAUCUUCAUGCUUCAACAAUACAGAACCAAUUUCCUUCCACGACAGAGAGGUUAUAGAGGAUCAUCGUCCUUUUGAUACAGAUGUAUCAAUUGAAACUUUCUUCAAAAAAUGUGCAAUAAUAUUUAAACUUUCAAAGGACAUUGAUGAUGAUCUGAAACUAGCUCCAUACACUUACAUUUGUCGUUAUAGAAUCAUGGCUAUUAGUAAGAAAAAAGUCCAAUUAGAACCUGUCAUGGAAGAGGAAAGAAGAGCACUUGAGCUACUACGUACACCCAUGAAGACUGAUAGCCCAAAACCUAGAACCCCUCGAACUCCAAGCAGCUUGGUUAAAAGAAUGAGCAGAGUAUCUCUUUCUGAACAAAAGAACUGGAGUGUAUCAGCCACAGAUGGCACCAAGUUACUUCUUAAAAGAGCCAUUUUAGCUGAUAAGACUGAAAAAAGUUCACCUAAAAAAUCAACACAAAAGGGAACACCAAAGAAAACCAGUAUAGAAACACCAAAGAGUUCGAAAAAGGUAAACAAGAAUAACUUAGAGGAAUUACUGUCUAUGGAAUUACAAGAAAACUCUGAUGAUGAACUGCCAACAUUGAUCAUAAGACAACAUGUACCAACAACACCAAAGAGGAAGCAGUCCAUAUCUAGGACAGCUGAAGUCACACCUAAGAAGAUGUUGGUAUUUGAAGAUGUUGAAAGGGAGACUUAUUCUACUCGAUCAGGCAGAGUAACAAAGAAUCCAAUAAAUUAUGAAGAACUAGAAGUAUCUCCUGUUAAACAUACACCAAGGAAGUCAUCACGAAAUAUAAAUGUUGAUGAUGAUGAUGAUGACUUUAAACCUAUGCCAAAGACCCCAAAAACUCCAAGAACACCGAGAGCUACAAGGGCUACACCAUCCCAAACUCCAAAACGAAGUGUUAGAAAGACAACUAAUCUUACACCAUCUUUACAUUCCAGAAUGCAUUCAGUGGAAAAUAUUAAUGAACUUAUCAAAGAUAAUAAUUCUCUACCUGGCAGAGAGAGUCAAAUGGAUGAAAUAUUAUCAUUUGUGCGUAAUAAACUUUUGGAUGGUACAAGUGGGUGUAUGUACAUAUCAGGAGUACCAGGGACUGGGAAAACUGCAACAGUCUGUUCAGCUUUAAAGAUCCUCAAGGAUGAAGUAGACCUUCCCGAUUUCCAGUUGGUAGAAGUCAAUGGAAUGAGGAUAGCUGAACCAAGGCAAGCAUAUGUGCAGAUUUACAAACAACUAACAGGAAAAUCUGUUGUGUGGGAACAGGCUUGUUCCCUAUUAGAAAAACGGUUUACAAACCCUGGCCCCAGAAGGACACCUACAGUAUUACUAGUUGAUGAGUUGGAUGCCCUCUGCACACGGCGUCAAGACGUCCUGUACAGCAUCAUGGAGUGGGCAGCACAUAAUUCAGCCUUGCUGACUGUAUUAGCGGUCGCCAACACUAUGGACCUACCGGAGCGAGCCCUUGCAGCCCGUGUCGCUUCCCGUCUCGGUCUCACCCGCCUCACAUUCCCUCCAUACACGCACAGCCAGUUGCAGAAGAUAGUGGCAAUCAGACUGGCUGGUGCUAAUGUCACACCUGAUGCUAUUCAGUUAAUUGCAAGAAAAGUAGCGGCAGUUUCAGGCGACGCCCGUCGUGCGCUCGCAUUGUGCUCACGAGCUAUAGAGUUGGCCGGACCUGAAGGCGCUGGACUGAAGGAGGUGCAGCAGGCGUUAGGCGAUGCUGCCUCUAGCGCUGCUGUCAGAGCCAUUAAGAAUUGUUCACCGGCCGAGAGGCUUAUGUUGAGGGCUGUAGCAGCAGAGGUGGAAAGAACUGGCUCAGAUGAAACGACGCUCUCCCGUGCUCUUCAUACUGCCGCAGCUAUCGUAGCAUUAGAUGGACGACCGUAUAAAUCAGCCUCCAGCAUACGCGCACCAACCCCGUCGCAAGCGCAGACGAUAUGUUCUCGACUCGCUGCUAUACGCUUAUUAUUAUUAGAACCAAAACCAUCCGAGCCCAGAUUACUUUUAAAUGUUAGUGCCGAUGAUGUACAUUACGCUACCCGACAAAUUGUUGUGUAAAAUGUUCAAAGGUAUUCCAAUUGUAUAUUAUUUUUAAUUU